ACGCAAACGAUAGAUAAUUGCGGCUCAAGCGAAACGCUUGCAAGUGAAUCGUUCAGAUUCCGCUUCCAGUCAUUCAGUCAGUCGCAUCAUUCAACCAUUUGGCAAUGGACUUUUCCGGUAAGGUUGUGCUCAUCACUGGGGCUAGCAGUGGAAUCGGUGCGGCCACCGCCAAGCACCUAACCGAGUUGGGGGCUACGGUCGUUUUGACCGGUAGGAAUGAAGAAAAUCUCAACAAAGUUGGAUCGGAAUGCGAAGCUGUGGGCAAAGAGAAGCCCUUUCUUCUGGUGGCCGAUGUGACGAAACCCGAGGACAACAGUCGAGUGAUUGACGAGACGAUCAAGAAGUUCGGUAAAUUGGACGUUCUUGUGAACAACGCAGGCAAAGGACUGCCGGGAAGCAUCGAAAAUACCAGUCUGGAGCAGUACGAUGAUAUAAUGAACACCAACGUGCGGGGCGUGUAUCACCUGACGAUGCUGGCGGUGCCCUAUCUUAUCAAGACCAAAGGCAACAUAGUGAAUGUAUCGAGCGUUGCCGGAACUAGAUCAUUCCCGAACGUUUUGGCCUACUGCGUUUCCAAGGCAGCCUUGGAUCAAUUUACAAGAUGCGUUGCCCUGGAACUUGCGCCUAAGCAGGUUAGAGUGAACUCAGUUAAUCCAGCGGUCAUCGUAACGGAUUUCCAUAACCGGCUCGGUAUGAACCCCGAGGAAUAUGCUGCAUAUUUGAAGCAUAGCGAGCAGACGCAUGCCAUGGGUCGAGUGGGCAAAGCGUCGGAAGUCGCUGCGGCCAUCGCUUUUCUUGCUGGGGAUACCGCUAGUUUUGUUACGGGAACGUGUCUCUGUGUGGAUGGUGGAAAAAACGUGAUGUGUCCACGAUAAUUCAACCUUAAAAUCUCGUCAGAGAAGAAGUAUACAAAGAGUUCAAUUUUAUUAAACAUAUGUAAAUUAAUCAAAGUCAACACAAAACAACAAAAUGAAAAAUAAAUAAAUGGAUAAACAAGUCGAGAAAUUACAAAA